AGAAGCCGUCCUGAAGAAACAUUUGGAGAAAUUUGGAGAAGGAGUCCGCGUGAGUAAACGGUCUAUUUUCUUUGACUUCGCUUUUAUGUUUGUUUUAUUCUGCAGUUGAGACCUUUUUUUUAAAUGCAGGUGACAAUGCAUGAUCGCAAUGGGAAAAGCAAGAAGUUUGCUUAUGUUUAUUGCGAGAAUAAAGAUGUUGCUUCACAGGUUAUUGAACUAUUAAACGAGAUAUAUCCAGAAGGAAAUAAGAUAAAGGCUACUAUCUCCAACCAACAUAAGGAAAAUUCCAGAAAGGAAGAGGAAGAAGUUGAUCUUAAAACUUCAAAGCCCGUCGAAAAGGCUCGUGAAGAUGUCAUAAUACCGUACACCAUCGGGGACAAAGAAGGGCACAUUAAAUUCAUCACGGAGCUGCGUAAGAAGUUGUCCAAGCUCAAGGAGGGUUCUGAUGUCGUGGAUGAGAUCUUUGAGGGCGAUUCAUGUCGUGUCCAAGCUCAAGCUCAUCCACUGCUCGUUGCAAAGCCAAGUGCCAAAAAGGCAGUACGGUGGAUUCAUGUCGAGCUGCGUGCUAUUGAUGAGAAGGACAACACUGGCAGUACGGUAAUGCUGACAACCCUGGCUGUCCGGAAGGACAACUUGUACGUCAAGGGCUUCACGAACGAGGACGGACAGUGGUUUGAGCUUCCAGCCAAUGCUGCUAACGACAACAUGAAGCUCCCGGAAGGUUACAAGGCAAAGGAGCUGAAAGUGUGGGACGUCAGCUACAGGGGACUAAUGAAUCUCAGUAACAAGGAUCAAGUCAAGAAGACACUCAUGUCAACGAGGCUGUGCAAGGCCUUCGCGGUGAGGGCCGUGAGCAGACUCUCGCGCUACCGAAUUGGGAAUGAAAAUGACCUUCCGGAGAAAAAAAUUGAUGAAAACCUCACCAGGCUGUCACUAGCGGGCCUGAUGGUGAUGAUCUGCGAGGCCGCAAGGAUGAAUCCUUUCCUCGACACCAUUGUAGGUGGCUGGGACGGGGGAACGGGACUCACCUCGCGGCUGUUGGAUAUCAUGUGGGAUUGGGGAAGCAUGUCAGCCGCACUGCUCAAGUGGAAGAAGACUGGUAAAUGGCCCAUCAAAUGCAGACAUGGUCUAGGCACUGCAUUAGCGUCCAUUAACCUUGUGCUUGACUCCACUGAUGUUACGGGCUCUGGACCAACCUGGGUGGAGAUUUUUGCCAUCUCUUCCAACUUCCCCGUUAUUAGCAUCACGGUCAUCGAUGAGGGAAAACGCAAAAAUACAAUCUACUAUAAGCAGAAGACGGAACAAAUUCACGAGGGGCAAACACAACAGGGAAUUGUACCUUUGAAGUUGACAGAUAAAGGCAGACGCAUUUCAGGGUAUGAAUAUUUCGGCAUGGAAGUUGUCCUCCCACCGUGGGAAAGCAGUGGUGAUAGCAUCACAAAGAAGUUUAAAUGGGAUUGCCGCAAACAGGAUGUAGACACCACCGAAGUUGUAGCCCACACUAUCAAUUUAGACCAUGGGCGCAAGAUUGUUGUCACUUAUUUGGUGAUGAAUAACUUAGUAGAGGCGAAGGUGGAGGUGAAGCUGCCGCUCAUAGGCGAGUCACCUAAAUAUUGGCGACCUAAUGACUUAGCUCACAGGGGAACAGACAAGAUCAGAGGCAAGAAGUACACUGUUCAUGGUGAAAUCAUUGCGCAGAUUGAUGGCUUUGAAGACAACCCGAUUGUGCUCUUCAGAACUGAAGGGGAGCAGGAGUUCCCCCGUGACCUUGAGACGUCCAUCCUGAUGCAAUCUUCCGUUUCUGUGCCAUCUGGUAAACGGCUUCAUAUCGACAUGGCGGCCCUGGAUAUUAAAGAAGCUCCUGGGGACCGGCCUGUCAAGAAAGCUAGUAGGCUCAGCUACGACUGUGGAAGAUCAAGACGGACUUCCCUUGCACAAGAUCAAGGUGAUGCCAAUAUUGAAGUUGAAGUUGAAGUGAACGUCACCUGGCCUGCUCAAGAGGAGACGGUGGAGAGAGAACCAGACGUUGUGUUCAUCAUUGGGGAUAGAGAAAAGUUCACUUCAUCCAUCGAGGAGCUGCGUGGCGUGCUCAUGCGCCAUGAACACCCCGAGGAUGCCUUGCAUGGCUGCAAAGACAAAGUGCUCCUCGACACCGGUAAACACCCAGUGCUCGCCAGACGACGCCAUUCUCAACAGCCACCGCGGUGGAUACACGUCAAGCUGGAAGUGGUGGCUGGCGAGGAGACGUCGUCCACGACCCUAGCCAUCCGGGAUGAUGAAUGCUGUGCAGCUGGAUUCAUGAACCAGAACGGAGUUUGGUACGAUCUUGCCCCACACUACCCUUGGCGGCGCAGCGGCGACAAGCAACUCCCACCAGAAUACAACUCUGUACGCCUAGACUGGGACUACCGCUUGUGGUCUGACGUCGCCCAGUAUGAACUUAUCCACGAGAGGCUGGGCAGAAUUUGCCUGGGCCAGGAAUCCGCUAGGGCCGCCGUGCGCAUGAUGUCACGAUACCCGGAUGUGGAGGAGCAUGAGGAACCCAUGCUAGCACUGGCACAACUGAUCAUCAUGGUAUGCGAAUCCGCAAGAUUCAAUCCUAUUUCUGAAUCCAUUGCGACUGGCUGGGAUACAAGGAUAGAAUGCCCCAAGGAACUGUAUGAGUACACCCGGAUCUGGCGUCAGAUAUCAGUGGCCCUGCUCCGCUGGAAGGAUCAUGGCCACAACAGCAACAGAUGGCCACAACAGCAACAUUCGGAAAUGGGAAUCAAUUGCCCAGUAGAUGCACUACGUAUCGUUUACCUCCUGUUCAACAGCGACGAUCGUACAAAACAGAUCUACAUGCAGUACACCAUCAAGGAAAAAGCAGGGUUCAGUACAUUCAUCGAGCAACUGCGUGAUGUGCUCGCCCGUCAUGAUCACCAGGAGGGUAUCUUGGAUGGCCACCCGAACCGUAAGUCUGACUCCGACUUAAACAACCGAGCUCUACUACAUGAAUGCCCAGCGCGGUUGAUUCACAUCAAGCUACAACUGGUGGGGGAGGAAACGUCGACUACCCUAGCCGUCCGAGAUAACGACGUGCACCUACUUGGCUUCAUGAACCAUGAGGGAGUUUGGUACGAGGCAUGGGACCGGUUCAAGGGCGACAGACUCGGAGCAGAAUUCAACCCCAAAUCGCUAAUGUGGGGUUCCUACAAACACAUGCUACCGCGCUUAAAUGUGGGCCUACUACGGUUCUUAAGUUUAAGCAACGACGAUGGAGACGUCAGCCGCCCCAAACUACACUUGAGUGACUGGGAUAAAGUCAGAAAGAAACUGGGCACCGAGCGCCUGGGCAAGGACUUUGCGGUGGAGGCCGUGCGCAUGCUGUCGCGCUACCCAGUCGUGGAGAAGGGUGAGUGCCCCAGGCUGGCACUGGCAGGCCUCAUCAUCAUGUUCUGCGAAUCCGCAAGGCUCGAUCCUGUCCAUGAGCACAUUGCAAAUGUGUGGGAGGACGACAACGGUACUGGAUUCCCCAAGGAGGUAAUGGAGCAAGUACAGGGAUUGGACAUGAUAUCAGAUACUUUGCUGAUAUGGAAGGAUACAGGCUACCACCGGUGGCCUCAAGAUAAUGAUAACCGCGCCAGCAUAAGGGAAAUUUGUGUCAGGGAUUGGCUGCACGGCAUAGGAAUCCGUACCCCAAAAGAUGCACUAGAUGUGGUUCACCUCGUGCCCGCCUGUAUGAUGGAAUGGGACGAUGAACCUUGCCCGUGGCCCUAGCCUUGGGAAAUGGACUUCGCUAAACGGGGGCCGAAAAUUAAGUGUGCCAAAAUAAAAAUACCAAUGAUGUACUUUUAUCUCCCUAUCUUUUAAUGGGUAAAUUUAUUUUUAUUGUACACUCUACAAUACUAA